AUGCCCGCGGUGAAAACAGUCGAAGAGAGUGGCAAAGACACUGUCGUUGAAGAAAGCAAAAUCCCAUCGGUACAACUCGACAUGGACUCAAUAACGGAUACUAUUGCUGCAAGUAUGGCCUGCAGUCUACUAGGCCAUGUCCUUUUCCUGAAGAACCAGGUUCCUUUGCCUGUUCCGCAGCUGGCUCGGAUAGCGAUCACAGGAAAUGCCAACGCCCGCACCACGAAAUUGCGGUCAGAGUUACUGGAUUCUUUCGACACGUUGCUGUCGCAUUUAGGGACGACGUUCACCGCCUUAUCUACUGCUUUUGCUCGAUGUUUCCCUCAGGAGCAACGAUCUGAAAGCUAUACAUACAACAUCGGGACCUGCAAAGUCAAAGGUCAUGUUGGUAGUGGAUGGUUUGGAGGCAAAGGUGUGGGGGACAGAGAGAUGAUUUACGUAUUCGGAGGACUGAAGGUGGAACCAGUGAGAGCGAUGAGGGACCCGUCCGACUCGGACGAGAGUGACGCGGACGACUCAGAUGAAGCAGAGUCAGACGACGACGAGAACGACCGGGCAUCUUCGCCACCACCACCAUCCGCCUUCGCCGAAGAGCAACGUAUCCUUCGGACUGCCGACAGACUACUCUCGCGAGCGCUCGUAUCGGCAGACUGCGAUGGAGACGGAUUGGCAUCUGAGAUAAGUCCUACGCAGACACAUAUAUUGAUUCGCGCCCCAAGACGAUUUGUUCAUCCCUCGUGGAUACCUCGACAGAAUGUCACGGCCUCUAUGGAUAACUUUCUGGAACAGUUUCUCGGGGCCGCAGGGCAUGGACCGAGGACCAGCAAGAAAAAGACGAAGAUCGAGGGUUUGUGGGUCGCGUGUCAAAAGCCGAGCACGGAUCUGGGAACAGACGUGAAGAAUGAGGAAGAUGAGAUGAUAUGGUGGAGUUGGGACGGUAAGCUUGUAGGCUUUUCUGGCUGGUAA